GCUUCCACAACCAGUCCUCUAGUCUGACCAAUGACAUAAGCCUUCUACCCCAAGAUCCGUCAUCAAUUGCAUCAUUGCGUUUUUCGAGUUGCAGGCGCAGACACAGUUAGCGACAAUAAUGCAAAUACUCGUACAAGACGACUUCACUAUCUUUCUAUUUGAUUCAUCCCUUCACAGCCAGAACUCCAUAUAACUCGCAGUUAUCUUCGACUUCCAUAUGCGCUUUCCGUCGUUUCCCAACAUCGUCCGCACACUAUACACACUCGGCAACGCCACAGCACGACUACAACCUCUGCGGGGUACUUCCAACGUAUCGCUCUUUCACCGCGCCACUGUCUACAGAUCUAUGCCAUCGAUACCACUCCUAGGCUCUCUGUUCUCAACUUCUUCUUCAGAAAAGAUGUCGUACCCAGACGGACGCUCAGACGACGAGUGGCAGGCGGUCUUGAACAAAGAACAAUUCCGCGUCCUCCGAGAAAAAGGCACCGAAGCUCCCUUCGCCGGCGAGUACGACAAGCACCAGCCGACCUCCGGCGUCUACACCUGCGCCGGCUGCAACGCUCCGCUGUACAAGGCGGAUCACAAGUUUAAAUCUGGCUGCGGAUGGCCAGCGUACUUCGACAGUAUCCCUGGCGCCGUGACGCGGCAUACAGACCGCACCUUUGGCAUGGAGCGGACUGAGAUCGUUUGUUCAAACUGCGGGGGUCAUCUCGGCCACGUUUUUAAAGGAGAGGGAUACCCCACGCCGACUGAUGAGAGACAUUGUGUCAAUAGCAUCAGUUUGAAGUUUCAUGAUAAGGAUGAUCCGUCGGCGGGUAUCGGGCAAGCCAAAUAAGAGGUUUAAUCCUCCGUGAGAAUCUGGAGGCAAUGAGUGAUAGUGGCAGUUGCUCGUACGAGUACUGCCGUGGUGCCUAUGUAUAUACUUUAUGAAUACCAUCAAUAAGACGUAAGUCGCUCAUCUAUGUCAAACACCCGUCUCAU